UGUCGGUUGCUAUGGUGACACGUUAAGGCCUACCUGACUGUAUUGAAGCCUCGGAAUGCCGGGAGAGUUUCCGUGGCCUGACGGCCUCCCCCGGCUGGAGUCCAUUAAGAGCCGGGUGCUCGUUGCGGUUGUGUUCUGUAACCGGAGCUCCCGGACCGUGCAGCCCAUCUGGGUGAACUUCCAGGGGGAGCCGCAGCCCUACCCGGCGCUUCCCCCGGGCACCGGCCGCAGGAUGAACACCUAUCUGGGUCACAUUUGGCUGUUUCGUGAAGUUGGCACAGACCUGGCGCUGACCGCCAACAAGAGCGAGAUCUACACAGCAACCGCGAGCAGGAACGGACAGCCGGCCAUUGUCAAUAUCUGUCUGCCAGUCUACAGCUUGAAAGAUUGCUGCCUUCAGGUGAUCCGGAGCCUGGUGAAGCCAGAAGAUUACAGGAAGCUGGAUAUUGUAGCCACCCUGUAUGACGACCUAGACGACCGGCCAAAUGUCCAGAAGGAUCUGCGCCGCAUGGCCAUCCAGUUCUGGAACCAGACGAGGCCACAAGACCCCUAAUCUGCUUGUAGAUGAAGGGGUUCAUGAAGUUGGAUGAAGGUGACGAGGGCGACAUUUCUUCUACAUUCUUCCUUCUCUGCUCCGCUCCUGAGACCCAGAGUGUCGAGCAGACUCGUCAGGAGCAGGGCAGCGCCCGUAAUGUACAGCAGCAUGCGUCCGCAGCGCGUUCCUUGCGGGUAUCCCAGUGAAAAAUCCACAGCUUGAUACAGUGCCAGCAAAGGUAGAUGAGAUUGUAACGAAUCCGAUCCACACGCUGCGGAAAGUGUCACGUGGAGCCGAUUUGCCGGUCAGUAGAUUUCACUCGCGUGGAUUUUGCUGCUGAUUUGCCCUGAAUUCGGAGCCCAAUCGCAGUAAAAGUAUCUGUGCAGGAAUCUCAAGUCAUUUAACCCUUUCAAUGUCACCAUCAAUGGCAUUUUCAGGGAUUGGCUGAAGGGGAACUCCCCUUUGAAUGCGUCACUUAUUAUGUUAUAAUAAAAAUGGAAAAAAAAUAAUAAGUAAUAAAAAAACACAAACUUUUAUUAACGUUAUUAAAUCUUAGCUCCUGAACAUUAAAUAAUAGAGGUAGAUCUCGUAUCGUCAGGACCGUGACAACCUGUCCGGUAAAUAUAUAGCGUCCUUCAUGAUCAGGUUAUGGCUUAAAAAAGAAAACCUGCAGUGGAUUUACCUUUUAUUCAACAUUCUUGCCAAAAUAGAAUUUGAUAUAAAUGAAACGUGUGGCAUCUACAUAAAGUACGACUCGUCCUGCGAAGUACAAGGCUCUGGUCGCCAGACUGCAAAGAGGAAAAAUCCCAAAAUGUGUUUCUGGUCUUUGGGGGAGGGUCAGUUACUCAAACCCCGCAGACCAUUUUCUACAUGUUUAUUCUACAGGCUAAUAUGGACUAUUGCUCCCUGUUAUUAGCAAUUUCAGGCGGCCUGUAGUUUUCUACAGGGAAGCAGGGUCCCCAGCAGCACAGAGGAUUUCAGGAGAGGAGUGCGCUGAUCUUGUGGGAGGUCACAGGCUGAGAGUUACUUAGUGGAUGGAGCAGGGUCCCCAGCAGCAGCACAGAGUAUUUCAGGAGAGCAGUGUGCUGAUCUUGUAGAGGUCACGGGAUGAUAGUUAGAUAGAGGAAGGAGCUGGGUCCACAGCAGCACAGAAUAUUUCAGUAGAGAAGUGUGCUGAUCUUGUGCAAGAUAGUGACCUGUCAGGUUGGUGAGGACAGACCCGCAUGUGAGGGUUGCAUAAUGGAAUGAGCUGCACAGCCCCCUCAGGGUCUCACAGCAAUAAAAGUGAAAGGUCGGUGUUCCAUGCCCCCUCCUCGGGCUGUGCAGCACUUGUCAGCCGUUUCUGGCAGCGUCACACAUUGUGUAGAUUUCUCUGGUUGGGACCGCGAGGUUAAGUGGCGUCCUCCGAUGACACGGCUCGCCCACUUCUGUGCAUUCCUCUUGUAUCGCCUGUGAUAUGUGGAGGGGUGUAUACCCGUUCUAUAGGGCACCUCCCUAUUUUCUGUAUAUUAUUUUCAAUAAAAUCGGUUCUGUAUAAAACUGAAGAUGGUUAUUACCCGUUUUUUAUUGUGUCCUGUUUAAAGGGACGGUUCUCUUUAAAGGGGUUCUCUCACUUCAGCGAAUCAUGGCAUUUAUCAUGUAGAGAAAGUUAAUACAAGGCACCUACUAAUGUAUUGUGACUCUCCAUA